AUGCUCCAGGAGAACAGCAAUGAUAACACUGAAGAUAUUUCAUUGUUUGAUGCAGAAGAAGAGACAACUAAUAGACUAAGAAAGUCCAAAGUCAGACAUCCAGUGGCAUCAUUUUUCCAUGUGUUCUUCCAAGUCAGUGACAUUAUAGUCUAUCCUCUCUGUGAAUGGCUCAGCAGCAGCUUUAUUGCCUGUACAGUGACAAUUUUCUCAUUGUCUUGUGACUUUUGGGCAGUGAAGAAUGUCACAGGUAGACUGAUGGUUUUCCUUUGGUGGUGGAAUCAUACUGAUGAGUAUGGAAAGAGUCAUUGGGUGUUUGAGCUAAGGAAGUCAUCUCCUCAAGAAAAUAAAACUGAAUCAAGAACCUUUGGUUAG